AUGUCCCAAGCUCCGCUAUUUUCGUCAAUUCACCGUUACGCCAUCAUAGAGAUCAACGAGAUACAGUUUAACGACACCGUUUUGAAGGCUAACUGUCCCGUUCUCGUUGAGUUCGUCGCUAACUGGUGCAGUCCUUGCCGUUUGAUCUCUCCCACUAUAGAAUCCCUAGCUCAGGAAUAUGAAGACAGAUUAACAGUGGCGAAAAUUGAUCAUGAUGCGAACCCUAGGCUAAUCGAAGAGUACAAAGUUUAUGGGCUACCAACAUUGAUCCACUUCAAGAAUGGACAGGAAGUUCCAGAAAGCAGAAGAGAAGGUGCAAUCACCAAAGUUAAACUCAAAGACUAUGUGGAUGCUUUAUUGGAAUCAAUCUCAGUUUCGUAG